GCCCAAUCAACCUAUCUGGUAUCUACAGUUACAUGAGAACCGCAGCUCUCGAGGCUACUGUAAACGCGGGGUAGAAGCACUGAUAGGUGACCUAAAGAUUAUCUGUUCUCGUAUUUGAAGCACGCGAUCCUCACAAUUAGAGAUCACAUAGUAUGAGAAUCAGAAUCAUACACCCUGUUCGAUUAAUCAAUUCUCGAGAUGUCCGAUCAACAAGCAAUUCCUGGCACCGUCCACUUGGUGGACAUAGACGGUAGCUUCCAGGCCAAACACGCCGGAGGAAAUCUUCGUGAUAUCGUGCUUGUGCCGGCCCCAAGCAACGACCCCGAUGAUCCUCUCAAUUGGUCAAAGGGAAGAAAGUUACUAUCCGUUGUGUGCAUGUCCAUGUACAUGAUCGCAACAGGGAUCGCUAGCUCGCUGAUGUAUUCCAUCAUCGUACCGGUGUCCAAGGAUACUGGCUUGUCUAUCGCUGCUCUCAACGAAGGUACAGGGUACAAUUACUUGGCCUUUGGCUGGGGUUGUCUUCUCUGGCAACCCGCAGCACUGCAAUUCGGUAAACGACCUAUCUACCUGAUUUCACUCCUCAUGUCCAUCGGAAUUACUGUUGCAGUUCCGUAUGCGCGCACCCAAGGAACGUGGAUUGCCCUGAAGAUUCUUGGUGGGCUCGUUGGUGCCCCUUUGGAAUGCCUCGGCGAGAUCAGUAUUGCGGAUGUAUUCUUCUCACAUGAGCGUGGAACCUACCUCGCGGCCUAUUCGUUCACCCUAUACACCGCUGGUUUCAUAGCUCCCAUCCUUGCAGGCUACAUCACAGAGGGUAUGGGUUGGCGCUGGGUUCAGAACUGGGGCGCUAUCUGGCUCGGCAUCGCCUUUGUCUUCUGCUUCUUUUUCAUGGAAGAGACAAAUUACGUACGAGCAUCGGUCCUUGCUAGCGAGACGCAGAAUGUUAUCAACGGCAUACCAACUGGCCCUGCAGGCGACGAGAAUGUUUCUCAUAUCUCAACAUCCGGCGAGAAGAUCUUUAGCCAGAAAGUCGACGCGGACAGGCAAAACCUUGAUUCUCGUAACUUGGAUGUUACAAAGCAACCUUCGAAUAGCCAAGAAUUUCCAACCGCAGGUUACCGCCCAAGAACAUACCUCCAGAAAUUGAAAAUGUUUGACAAGGCCCGACCGAUUACACACUUCUGGUCUACGGUACUACGACCUCUUCGACUCAUGAGAUAUCCAGUGAUCCUUUACUGCGCCUUCAGUUAUGGUGGCUCUCUCAUCUGGUACAGUGUGCUCAACGCCACUUCCUCGCUGAUUCUCAGUGCACCUCCUUACAACUUCAGCCCAGGAUCCGUAGGUCUAGCCUACAUUGCUUGCAUUGUUGGAGUUCUCAUCGGUAGCCUUCUCGCUGGUUCGUUUGGCGACUGGAUUGUGAUCAAGAUCGCACGCCGCAACAAGGGAAUCUGGGAAUCGGAGUACAGGCAGUGGCUGAACCUAAUCCUUGCCUUGAUUCUUCCAUUCUCCCUUAUACUCUGGGGUGUUGGAGCUGCGAAUCACAUCCAUUGGUUUGGCCUAGUCUUCGCCAUGGGUCUUACCGGCCUUGUGGUUGCGCUUGGAGCCCAUCUCUCUCUAUCGUACUGCAUCGACACUUACAAAGACUUCGGAGCUGAUGCUGUUGUCAGCGUUAUGUGCAUCAGAAACACAAUGGGCUUCGCCAUCUCGUACGCUGUAACCCCUUGGGUAACCAAUAUGGGAUUACAAAACGCGUUUCUGGUAGCAGCAUUCGCUGGUCUCGCCCAGGUGCUUACCUUCCUCGUCUUUAUUAAGUGGGGCAAAGCAAUCCGAUCCUCCUCCGCCGCGCAGUACCGGGCUGAGAUUGAGAGGGCCGAACGUUUGGGCAUCGCUCAUUGAGGUUGAAAACGCGAGGCUCUUCUACGCGGUUGUUUACUUGGAGCUUCAGAGACCAACAUUGACAUCUCGAUAGGUCUAUUUUUUAGAUAUAUAUUAUAGUGAUUCUCAGGCAAGACGUGCUAGUGGGGACAAGAUGUCCAAAGAGACGGUACAACGUUAUCUCUUAGC